AUGGCGAUUCUCAGCCGGCUGAUCCGACCAAACUUGUUUGGAGUAUGUUUUAGGUUUUAUAAUAUGUUUUACAUUGUAUUUUUAGGGAAUAAUGCGUUUUAGCGAUGUUCAAAUUAACUUAUAGCUAUAAUUAAAUUAAUUUUAAAUUAUAUGGGUAACUUUCAGCAAAUUACUAUGUAUAUUAACUAAAAUAGCAUUUUUACAGAUGGUCAGAAACAUUUCCAGCCAAUGUGACGAAGUUCUGAUCAAUCACAACAAGAAUAAGGUGGUUAUUACCUUGAACAGACCCAAAGCGUUGAAUGCUUUGAAUAUUCCAAUGGUCAAAGAGUUAUACCGUGUGUUAAAGGUGAGUUAUUGCUUUAAUUUGUACUUUUAUGUUUAGGAUGUACAUGAGAACAAGACGGCGGAUAUUGUGAUAGUCAAGUCCAACAACGACAAGGCGUUCUGUGCUGGUGGAGAUGUUUUAGGUAUGUGUUGGACUUUAAAUUUACAUUCUUUGUUUAGCUGUUAGUAAGUCAGCGAAAGAGGGUGGAGAAGUGCACAAGAGGUUUUUUUACGAAGAAUAUAUUGUUAACAACUUGAUUGGCACUUGCCCGGUACCUUAUGUUGCUUUGAUUCAUGGUAUCACAAUGGGAGGAGUAAGUAUCUAACUUUCGCUACUGUGAUUUAGAAAUAAAAUACUAUAUAUCUGUUUUAGGGAUGUGGUAUCUCAAUUCCUGGAAAGUUCAGAGUCGCGACGGAGAAAACAAUGUUGGCUAUGCCCGAAACAGCUUUGGGAUUGUUUCCUGACGUUGGAGGUUCUUACUUCUUGUCUCGGCUGAAGAAUAACUGUGGAAUGUUCUUGGCUUUAACUGGAUACCGACUAAAGGGAGCUGACGUCUUUCAUUCUGGCUUGGCUACUCAUUAUGUAAGUCUAACUUACUUUUAUUCAUGUUGAGGUUGAAGGUUUACUAAUUCUAAUGGAUUUUUUAUCAAUUUACGGGUUUAUGGUUACUAAAAAUGUCAGCACAUUUUAGCUUAUUUUAUUGUAGAUCAACUCUACGGACCUGGCGUCACUUCAAAAUGAACUUUUGGCUUUGUCUGUUGCCAAUGAUAACUCGGUCGAUUCUGUAUUAAGGAAAUUCCAACCCAACGAGUUGCCAGCCUUCAGUUUGGAGCCUCAUUUGAGAACGAUUGACAAAUGUUUUGAUGGAGAAAAGUACGAAGAUGUGGUCAGUCGACUAGAGAAAGAUGGAUCUGACUUUGCCAAAUCUCAACUUAAGGAAUUAGUUAAAAUGGUAAGAAAGUAAAUUGAUGAGGGUGGAUAUUAUGUUGUAUAGUAUAAAACUAUGUAAUGUGGAACGUCAGAAGUACAGGUUGAGUUAAAUACUGAAGAAUACUUUAUUUUAGAAUGUAUUAUUACGGUUGGUUUACGAGUAUGUAUAUUGUGGUUUUUCAGAGCCCAACGUCAUUGAAAGUAACCUUCCGACAACUAAAAACAGGAUCCAAGUUAUCAUUGUCUGAUGCUUUGAUGAUGGAAUACAGAUUAAGUCAACGGAUUAGUGAAGAUCACGAUUUUCACGAAGGAUGUCGAGCAAGUAAGUUAAUAUUAUUUAAAAUAAUUUGUAUUUUUAAGUUCGAAACUUGCAUUUAGUUGAAGCUUUUUAUUUUAAAGGUCUUGUUAUAUUAUAAAUUUUACUUUCAGUCUUGAUCGACAAAGACCGUAACCCGAAAUGGAAGCCGGCUUCUGUUUCCGAGGUUUCUGACGACACGAUGGAUCGUUACUUCUCGCGUUUGCCUGAAGAAAGGGAACUCAACCUCCAAGCUAAGUUAUAA